AAAUUCAAAUGAUUUUUUACUCUACUACUCGAUACUUUAAACAAAAAGCAUCGAUUAUGCAUUUGAGUUUCGAUUAUUCAACUGCCAAUUACAGCUGUGCAGGCUAUCGAUAGCUAAACACAGCGCCAUUCGUGCUCGAUUACAACUAUGCGUGUUAUCGAUGGCUAAACACAGCGCCUUUCGUGCUAGUUCGUAGAGCGUCCCGCGUUUUUUACGUUCGUUUGUUUUUCAGUUGCUGCUUUGAAUUAAAUUUUGCCAAAAACAGCGUUUUAUAAAAAUGAGUUCUUUCCUCAAUUUGCUAUCGGAUGACUGUGUUAAUUUCGAAAAGUGCGGCGAUGUGAUCGUGUCAACCAAGGAUAAUAUGAUUGGCAUAUUUUGUCAUUUCUGUUGCGACAUUUACACAAAUCUGUCGGAAUUUCUGCAUCAUUUGCAAUGGAUGCACAACAAUCUGCUUGGCUUCACCAAGCCGCACAAUGUAUACACCGUAGAGGAGCUUAUGGCACAGGAAGAUGCGCAAACACAGGCAAAUCUCAGCAGCAACAGCAGCGAUUCCGGGCUGCCAGCUGAUGCUGCAGCUGCAGCUGAAGCUACCUGCUUGGAGCGCGGCAACAGCUGCAACAUGGAAACCGAACCAACAAAUCAGAAUAUUUGUAAAGCGUUGUCCGAAUUGGACUACAGAAGAACCAAAACUAUAAACAAGAAUGCAACUGUGCUGCAGUGGCGGGCAGAAGUAGACAAAUGUAUGCCGUUGCCGUUGGAUGCUGAAACUAGGGACAUACUAGCCGAAGUGGAGGCCUUAUUGGCAGAGCCUGAUCCAGCUACUAAAGAUAAGGUAGUUCCUGACACAACACAACCACAGGCGGAAGAUGAAACGGAACAAGGCUCGGAAGUGCAACCUGCUACCUUGCCAUAUAUUGAUGAGCAGCACAAAGAACAGCCCAAAACUGAGCAUUUGGUGAACAAACGGAUUCCAGUGGACACAACCGCGGCGUCUCCUAAAACCACAGACUGCAAAGUAAACAACACGCACACGCAGCUCGAAGAGCACAACUCGAAGAGUGCCCGACGCUCCAACCUGGAAACGACAAAACUAAAAUCCGCCAAGUACAAGUCCACUUGUGAUUACAAGAGCUAUGCGAUUGCACGCUCCAUACGCAAGCGGCAGCAACAGCAGCGCUUGAAUAAUAUCAAAAAGCGGAUAGUGCGCUCGCUUGAAAACGAUUCGCGUAAGUUGCAGCACGUGCCUGUCAAGCCAGCCAACGUGGAAACUCUUAUUGAAGAUCUUUUAAGAAGCAAUAUGUCACAGCAAAAGCAAAUGCGACCAACGGAGCCCGGAGCUAAGCUAUCGCCCACAAAAAUUGAGGAUAAACUUAAAAUAAAGCCUAAACUAAAUACGCAAGGCGGAGAGAAUUCAAAGCUUAUCAAAAAUACCACAGGCAGCAGCACAGUUGAAGUCAUAUUAACAGUGUCAGAGUUUAGAGGACCUAUUGCAAAGGACUCGGCUUUAAUUAAUCCAAAGUCCAAUCCAAACAGUGCUUUAGUAAAGAAGAUUAAAGCCGAUGAUAAACACGAUAUAGUAAAAGGCACAGAGAAUGUACAGUUAAAAACAAAACUUGAACCAAAUACGUCUUCGCAAAAACAAGACAAGGAGAAUGCUGCUGUAGUUGCGACGUUAUCUUCAAAACCCUCAAUAAAAAACUCAAGCAGCGGCGCAGCGAAAAAAUCUGUGGAGCAAAUCAAAGACCCAGCUCCAAUCAAUCUAAAGUCUCGACUAAAUUCCAAUCCAAACCAAUCAGUCCAAGCUUUAGUACAGGAGAUUAAGGCCGAUGAGAGAAAAUUUUUAAUUAUACUGAAUGAUAGAAAAGGAAAGAGUUUAGCAGAAACAAAACCAAAUGCAGCUGACUUGGCUAAACAUACAACCAAGAUGCCAGCUAAGAACGUGCACACACCUGCUAACCUGAAUUCAGAAAAGCCAAAGACUAGCAGAUCAGAUCCAAUUGUAAUAAACAAAAUCGAGAUAUUGCCUAAGCUUAAUAUUAAUGAUGUGCACAACAGUCAGUUAACAAAAAUAAACCCACAAACACAACAGAAAGGACCAAUGCUUGGAUCUUCACAAGCCCAACGCAACAAUAACGCCAAGAAAACGGCUGUUAAGCGAAGAUCUUCAGUCGCAGUCGAUAGAGACACGACAAUUUCGUCUAAAAUGCCAAUCCGGCGACCCUCAUAUCCAGUGCCCAGCACAAAAAGCAGUCGACUGCAGACAUUUAAAAGGGAACCACUUAAACCAGAAACAAACGCAAACAAACGAAAGCAAGCUGCAAAGCAUAUUACGGACUCUUCAAAAGUUUCAGUCGAGGCAAAACGAACAAAAAUCGAUCACAGUACGUCGGACUGUGGCUCGCUGAGCUUCAACCUAUCCGACAGCGUAGUUGAGUUUCUACAGUGCGACUUGAAAACCCUAACCAAUGCAGAUAGUUUGUUGCAAUUGGCUGAGCCUGGCGAGCUGGAGCGCAGUGACGGCGAGGUGAGCGAACAUGAACAGAAGCAGGCACUGAAGCAGCAGAAGGCAACUGAAAUUAAAACAAAUCCGGAUCCCAAAGAGCUGCGCAAUGAUUUAUAUCUACUUAGAGCAGUUGGGCUGACCAUUAUAAAGGAUGCGAAUUAUGAGGAACUAAAAACCAUUGAAUUUGUCGAUGCAUUACGUUCAAGGGCAGCUAAAUUUGUUAUAAUGCUGCGAAAAUAUACAACGAAAAUAAAACACAGUGCCACAAGAUUUAAUAAACAACUCGCACAAAAUAUAGUAAAGGAGUUGCUCAUGUUCACAGAAGAGGUCAACGCUGAAUUUAAGAUCAAUUUGAAUGUCUGCGAAUUGAAGCGCAUUUUAAAUUUAAUCAAUGCCUGGCAUGCACAGCAAAUUGAUCUUAAGUUCUUCAAAAAGAUCACUCUAACGGCUACAAUUGAACAUUAUAUGAAGCUGUUCGCCUUUAUGCCCAAGAUCAAUUCUUGUGUUUAUUACUGUGAGUGGUGCGAGGAGAGCAGCAGAAACAAGUCGCGCUACGAGAAGCAUCGUCUAAUACAUCUGUAUCGAUCCAUCUGUCCCCAUUGCAAGCGCGUCUUCAAGAAGCAAGGUUGCCUGCUUAAUCAUCUGCGCACUACGCAUGGCCAGGAACAAUAGCGUUGUGCCAUACUACCUCUAGCUUUUGGGUUUCUUUAUAGAUUUACCUUAACCUUAGUUCAAUGUUAUUUCACAUUUACAAACAAACAUAUAUAUCUAUGCCAAACUUAGAGUAUAUUUUAGUUUAUACAUUGUAUAAAGAGUCGGCUCAGAUAUCGCAUCCGUCAACGAUGUCAAAGCCAAGUUUCGUUGUGCCAAAAACAUAGCUUUUUAAUUGAAUACUAUCUAAUCUAAACUAAAAAACGAGAUCAGAGAUUUCUUUGUUAUACAUAAAACAAAAUAUGUAUUAGAUUACAAGUCUAAGGAAUAUUAUAA